AUGUUUUACCAAGAUAUAUCGACACCAAAGCUGCCUAUAAAGGAGCCAACAAGAACAUUAUGGAUGGGUAAUUUACAUUCUUCUUUUGAUGAAAUAACGAUCCAAGAAAUGUGGAAUUUUUUAAAUAGGAGUGUUUCUGUUGAACUUAUCAAGGUACAAGACGAUCGUUUACCCUCCUUCAGUAAUUCUGGGCAUGUGGAAAACUAUAUCCAUAAUACUACAGCUAUUAUGGCUAAUGUGGAACAAGAAAAAGUGGCAGCCUCAGUAGAUUCUAUUAAAAGUGAACACAAGCAGGCGAACUAUUGUUUGGUGGAAUUUGAAAGCCAACAGGAAGCAGCUGAGGCUUUAACUUUGAAUGGAUUACCUCUCCCAAACUUUUUUUCUAGGUCUAGGAACUCUGUCAUAAAUGCGUCGCAACUGAGUGUAUUUAGAUUGAAUUGGGCGGUAUGGCCGACAGUAAAUGGUUUAAGUCCCGAGUAUCCUUUGUUUGUUGGUAAUUUAUCCUCAAUAACAAGAGAGGCAGACUUACUCUUAUUGUUUCGAUCCCGCUAUAAAUCCGUGAAAACAGUACGUAUGAUGACAGAACCAAUACCGGGGAAGUCUGAUAGUUUCGGUUUUAUAUGUUUUGCGAAUUGCGAAGAAAGACGACUGGCAGCAGAAGAGAUGAACGGUAUCUGCUUCCAAGAUAAAUAUAUAAAAGUUGCCAUUGCAAAUCCCAGAGACAAUAUGAUUCCUUCCUCUACCGAUGUUCCCCCUGUAAAGAAUAUCCCUCCUUUAAUAAAAACAGCCAAUGAUUUACUAACAAAUAAUCUAAAUGCCGUCCAAGAACAAACUGCCCAAUUAGCCUUAUCAACAGUGGUAACUGGGAAUCUUCGUUCUAAUGGGAAUAUAAGACAAGGUUUGGGAUCCAAUUCAAAGAACAGUACGAUUUUUGUGGGUGGUCUUUCGACAGAUGUUAGCGAGCAAGAGUUAAACGAACUAUUUCGUCCGUUUGGCGAAAUCAUGGAUGUCAAAAUACCACUUGGUAAGAAGUGUGGGUUCGUCACUUUUAAAAGAAGGAUCGAUGCAAAGGCAGCAAUCAAAGGCCUGCAUGGUUUUCUGGUUAGGGGGUGCCCAAUUAGGUUAUCAUGGGGGAAGACAUUUAAUAAUACUGUUGACUUAACGUCAGGAACAACUAGAAGUUUUAACAGCGGAUACGAUUCUCCCUUUAAGUAUACUUUUCCAGACUAUUCUAAUUGUUCCGCCGCUUGGACGAAUUACCCAAUUGAAGUUUGCCCCCGGUCCUGCACGCAUCAUAGUAUCCCAAGUUAUACUCCUAUUUCAAAGAAAAGUAUGGUCUCUGCAAAGCAGCAAUCUGUAACAACUGCCCGAAAUGUAAAAAGUUCCCAUUAUCAUGACGAGAAUCCCAGAAAUAGAGGAGGGUAG